AUGUGCAACAACACAUAAAGUAGUGUAAGUACACAUCACCAUUUUAAUAUAGUAUAUGGAGGAUCCACCAACUGGUUUUCGGUUCUAUCCAACAGAAGAAGAGCUAGUUGCUUUCUACCUAAACACCCAGCUUCAACUACAAGGCCACACGACUCACAUCAACAGGGUCAUUCCAGUGGUUGACAUCAAUGGCGUUGAGCCCUGGACUCUUCCAUCAAGUGAUCGGAGUGAAGAAAACCAUGGUUUUCUACAAAGGAAAAGCUCCCACCGGUCGCAAAACUAAAUGGAAGAUGCAUGAAUACCGCGCCAUCGUUCAAGCCCCUAACCAAUCUCCCACGGCUAUUCCUCAGUUGAGGCACGAAUUCAGCUUGUGUCGCGUGUACGUGAUAUCCGGAAGCUUCAGAGCAUUUGAUCGACGGCCACGGGAGGUGGUAGUGCCAAGAGUUCUUCAUCAUGGUUCUUCUACAACAAGUGCUCAGCAGCAUCAAGGAGAAUCAUCAGCAAGGGUGCAGGCCAAUAAUAAUAAUAAUGGGUCGAGCUCGUCGGAAACUUCCCUUUCAUCAGGUGGUCCUGAUUUGCCACCAGAUACUGGAGGAGGAGGGUCAUGUAGCAAUUGGAAUAGUAGUGAGGUUCAAGUUCAAGCUCAAGUUCAAGAACCACUAUGGGAAUGGGAACAACUCGAUUGGCUAUAAGCAUGACUAAUAAGAAUAUCAAUUCGUCAAGCCAUGCAUGCAUUUCAUCUCUCAUCAAGACCCCUUCUCCACCACUUCAAUAAUUCCUCUGUUUUAAAUUAAUGGUCGCUUUCACUUUUUCGUUUUAACUUCAUUUAUUUAGAAAUAGUAAAAUAGGGUAUUUGUAUAAUUAACAUGUGUAACACUAUCAGGAUUUGAUUUUCACCGAGAAAAUAAAGUAGGUGUAACUCUAAUUAAGGAGAGAUCAUGUAAUAUUAGAACUUAAUUA